ACGCGCGGGCUGGGGAAAAAAAAUACAAGACAAGUGUGCGGAUGUGGCGCGCUCCCAUGCAUCCGCCCGCCCGCCCGCCGUUCGCGUCAUCGUCAAGCUAGCGUGCGUGCGUGCGUGCGUGCGUGCGUGCGCGCGCCCGACCGACGGACGGACGCCAGAGGCGAGACGAAGAGCAGAACAACGACGCGGAGAAGAUGAGGAGGACCGGCGACGAGGAGGACGCCGUCUGAAGUACCUGGUCGCCGGCCGGAUGGAGGCAAAUGCAGCAGACAAACGCCAUCGAACCAGAUCCAAAGGAGUGCGAGCCGGCGCGGAGGCCGUCACGCACGAACUCUUCUGCUGUCCGACAGAGGGCUGCGACGGGUCAGGUCACGUCAGCGGAAAAUACGCCCGGCACCGAAGCGUGUACGGCUGCCCGCUGGCUAAGAGGAGGAAGGCGCUAGAUAAGCGACCGACAGACUCGCCGCCUCUCAAGCGGAGAGCCAUCAUGGAGGACCGCCCGGAGGACGACUUGGAGGAGGAAGGCCGGCUCGACGCCAUGGAUGAAGAAGAAGAGGAGGAGGAUGACAGGGGUGAUGAAGAGGAAGAUUUCGAGGAGGAGGAGGACUUCUCUGAUGACAUCGAGGAGGAAGAGGAGCAACCAGAGGAGGCGGGAGGAGACCACAGCAUGCGGGACGAGGAAGAAGAAGACGAGUGCAACCGGCAACAGGUCGACUACCAAUCAAGUGGACAAUCAAAGCUUCUUCCGCUUCAUAAGGACGACAACAACAACAACGACCAUAGCCGCGGCGCGGGUCCCGGUCCGGUUCCGGGAUCCGGUCCCGGGCCCCGCGACGAGUUCGACAACUACGACGAGCUGGUGGCCAAGUCUCUUCUCAACCUGGGCAAGAUCGCCGAAGACGCGGCGGCCUACCAAGCCUCCGCCGAAUCGGAGAUGAACAGCGACUCGUCCGACGGCGACGACGAGGAGGAGGACCGGGACGGCGGCGGGAAGGGCGACCUCGGCGUGGACCUGGACAGCGACGCGGUGCGGGAGACGGUGGACUCGCUCAAGCUGCUGGCGCAGGGCCACGGCGCGGCGCCGCCCGACGACGGCUACCCCGGCGAGGAGGAAGCGUGUCUCAGUAGUUUAGAGUGUCUGAGGAAUCAAUGUUUCGACCUGGCGCGCAAACUCGGCGAGACGCGCCCGGACGACGCGCACCGACGGACGGCGCUCCGUCUCGAAAGGUACGAAAUGCGCCGGCCGAGCCCGGCGUCCCUGGGUUACGAAGAGGACGAGGAAGAGGAGGAGGGCCGAGGGGAGGAGGAGGAGGAGGAGGAGGAGGAGGACGCGGCGUCGGCGGCCUCGGACGACACCUUCGACAUGGCCAAGGGCAACCUGUCGCUGCUGGAAAAGGCCAUCGCGCUGGAAUCGGAGCGCGCCAAGGUCAUGAGGGACCGCCCGGGCUCCGAGUACAAGCACGCCAGGCGCGAGCGCCGCCGACAUCUUCAUCAUCACCACCACCAUCGCCGGAUGCUCGACCAACUGGACCCCGCCGCCGCGCACCACGACGCCCUCAAGAGGGCCUACUACCCCAAAGAAUCUUCGCGGGGGGACAAAAAGGAGAGCAAGUGCCCCACGCCGGGCUGCGACGGCACCGGCCACGUGACCGGGCUCUACCCGCACCACCGCAGCUUGUCCGGUUGCCCUCACAAGGAUCGCGUCCCCCCUGAGAUCCUUGCCAUGUAUGAGAAUGUUUUAAAGUGCCCGACCCCCGGCUGCUCCGGACGGGGUCAUGUCAAUAGCAACAGGAACUCGCACCGCAGUCUGUCGGGGUGUCCCAUCGCGGCGGCCGAGAAGAUGGCCAAGGUACACGAGAAGAGUCACGUGAUGGACGUCGGCGGUGGCGGCGGCAAGUCCAAUCAGACGUCAGAUCGCGUCCUCAGGCCGAUGUGCUUCGUGAAGCAGCUGGAGAUCCCGCAGUACGGCUGCAAGAACAACGUUCCCACCAGCACGCCGCGCUCCAACCUGGCCAAGGAGCUGGAGAAGUACUCCAAGACCAGCUACGACUACGGCGGAUACGAGGGACAGCACGCCGUCUACGCCAAGAGGGGCCCGCUCGCCCGCUCUCACCACGGAAGAGAUACCUCGCCCAAGGCCUACGACGGCAAGCGUUACAGCAAGACCUCCAGCCCGGCCAGCAGCACCACCAGCAGCUACGCUCCCAGCAGUAGCAGCAGCAGCAGCCUGAGCGGCAUCAUGGACGUGUGCGGCGGCGGCGGCGGGGGGCCGGGCGGCGACCCCGGCGGCGGUGCGGCGACGGGCGGCGGCAGCAGCGCCAGCAGCACGUGCAGCAAGAGCAGCUUCGACUACACGCACGACAUGGAGGCGGCGCACAUGGCCGCCACCGCCAUUCUCAACCUGUCCACCAGGUGUCGCCAGCUCCCGCACGUGGGGAAAGCGCACGGCGCGCUGGCACAGAGCGAGGACGAGGAGGGCGGCGGCCUGGACGCGGACGGUCCCGAGGGCACCGGGACUGUGCUGACCCCGCUGCAGCCCAUGUCGCCCCAGCGCCAGGCCCUCCUCCAUAGUCACCGCUACCAGCUGAGCCAGGCCGACUGCUGGGACCUCCCGCUGGACUAUACCAAAAUCAAACGCGUGGACGAGCGUCAGGAUGAGGGCGAGGAGCCGGACGUCUUCCGGGACCUAAUGGACGAUCGGCACUACCCGGGCGACGCGCCCAGCCCCAAACACCUCAAGUACUCGCCCUGCAAGGAGGCCAAGAAGGAGCUCCUCACGUUCUCCGGCUGCCAGCUCCUGGACAAGAAUCUGAGAGGGAUGACGUCCCCCAACGCGCAAGAGCUAAGGUGCCCCACGCCGGGCUGCGACGGAUCGGGACACAUCACGGGAAACUACGCCUCCCACAGGAGCUUGUCCGGUUGCCCUCGAGCCAAGAAGAGCGCGGUCAAAAUCCCGCACAGCAAAGAGGACAAAGACGACCAGGAGCCCAUCAAGUGUCCGGUGCCGGGCUGCGACGGUCAAGGUCACGUGACGGGCAAGUACGCCUCUCACCGCAGCGCCUCGGGCUGCCCCCUGGCGGCCAAACGUCAAAAGGACGGCUACGUCAACGGCGGCCAGCCGGCGUGGAAGGUCGGCAAGACGGACGGCGUGACGUGUCCCACGCCGGGCUGCGACGGCUCGGGUCACGUCAGCGGGAGCUUCCUCACCCACCGCAGUCUCUCCGGGUGUCCCCGGGCCACCUCGGCCAUGAAGAAGGCCAGGACCGGCGGCGGCGCCGCCGAGAUGCUGACAAUCAAGCAGAGGGCCGGAAAAGGCAUCGAAAACGACGAGGAAAUCAAACAGCUGGACGAAGAAAUCAAAGAUAUCAACGAGUCCAACAAUCGAGCCGAGUCCGACGUCAUUAAACUGAGGACGCAAAUCACCACGAUGGAGAGCAGCCUGAGGUCCAUGGAGGAGGAGAACAAGGCCAUGGAGCAGCAGAACGACUCGCUGCUGCACGAGCUGGCCAACCUCAGCCAGUCGCUCAUCAACAGCCUGGCCAACAUCCAGCUGCCGCACAUGGACCCCGUGAACGAGCAGAACUUUGACACGUACGUGAGCGCGCUGACGGACAUGUACACCCACCAGGACCGCUAUCAGAGCCCGGAGAACAAGGCCCUCCUGGAGAACAUCCGACAGGCCGUGCAGGGCAUCCAAGUCUAACCCCGCCCUCCGCCCGCCGCCACGCCAAAGCGAACAAAGGUCCGGAUUAACUCUUUGUCCGCCGCCGUAGUCCGUUUCAACCGGAUCGGACGUCUGGCGCCGUGAAAGGCUGUUUUGUUGUUUUUACUAACUGCCACAACGCAUACGCCGUGAAGGAUUUUUAUUUAGUUUCGCCGUAAGCCAGGGGUCUCAAACUCGCCGCCCGGGGACCAAUCAAAGUAUUCGUGUGGCUUGCGCGCGUGUAUUUUGUCAAAAAUAAAUGAUGCCGUAUAUGCAUUCAAAAAUAAAAUAGUCAGAAAUUCAAAUAAUAAAUAAAAAUGUGUUGCCCACACAAUUUGCCAUGGUCAAAUUAUGAAGAAUUUUUUAAAAAGUCAAACCUGUGUCCAGGGGACAAUAUUUUGCUAUAUUGCCAUUGUUAAGUGUGCCAUUAGUGUUGCUCGGGUGUAUUUUGUCAUGGGCAGAUGAAAAAAAAAAAGUCAACUUAAAAAAACUCUGUACAGUACAUCCAUAUAUCAUUUAAAAAAUAAUAAUAGAAAUAGUGCUAAAUUAAAAAUAAUAAUGAAUACGGAAAAGUGUGGCCCAAUCUUUUGAAAUGAAAGUGUUGUGUUCGUCUGGCCCAAAUUUUGACAUGGGGAGUUUUUAAAAAUUGAGUUAAAAAGAACAUUGCAAUAAUUAAUAAAUUGCAAAAAAACAUUAUAUUACAAAGCAUUUUUCAACAUGGGUUAUUUUCAUUUAAAACAAAAAUGCCUAAAGCAACACUCGGUAACUUUUCAAACUUUAUAAAGUAUUUUCAUAACAUUUGUGAUAUUUUGACUGACAACUAGUUGAAUGACACCUCUUUUAUAUUUUGAGGGGGUCUGUAUCGCUUUCACUAAUUAAUUUUGAGACAAAAAAAAAACAACGCAAAUGCGCUGACUGCUUUACGGCUUACGUCACUUCCCCCUCUCCCCAUUCAUUAUAAAGAUGGAAGUUGAUGCGAACGCUUUCUCGUGAAUUCUACAAAGAUAGCAGAGCAUUAAAAGAGAGAAAAAGGAGGGAAAAAAGGGAGGCUACCGGGAUACUCAAGAAUAAACAUUGGCCGGCUUUCACUCGCUGGCGUGUGUCACGCCCCCACCCCAGUGUGGAGGGGUGAAGGAAUCUGACCUUCUAGCCAGACCGCCGGAAUCGCGCCAGCCGAACCGCCGGACCCGCCCUGGCACAACUCCAACGACCCGGGCCGGCGAGACUCCGACAAUCCGCCCUGAAGGCCAAACUCCGCGCAUUCACCUUAGUCUUAACCCUUUGUACGGACUCCGUUUUGAAAGCUGGAAGAAGGCUUACCGGGAACAAGUUGACAAUUUAUUGGGGUCGACAUCGAUCAAGCAGCAAGGCGAAACGGACACAGACUCAGGCGAGGCGGCAAGACUCGCUCGGUUAGUUAAACAUUUAGUCUUUUGAAGGCUCUUGCGGGGCAGGCCGUGGGCAGGAAGAACAGUGUGUUUAGGAUUAUUGUCUGUUUGUGGAUUGGACAGGGGGAUUCGGGAGUUACUGUUGUCCGGGCAAUGAGGGUUGUGGAUUUUGCCACCUCAGCAUCAAAGGGGCUCUUGGAGUUUCAUCAGUUGGACAUCGGGCGUUCUACGUUGUUCCUUGUGUUGCCACAGGGCGUCCCGCCGUUUGUUCUGGACUGUCCGGGAGAACUGAUUGCGUUGAUUGAAUUGGUGGGGCAGAUGUGGGCUUGUCAGCGUUGAUCUUGCUCACAGUUUUAUGACGCACACGUUGGUGUUAGAGUAAUACAAACAGACAAACAAAUACGAGAAACAAUACUAUUACCUGAUUGAUUUGUGUUAGAAUAAUGCAAACAGACGGGGCCUACGAGAAAAGGGGUUAGCCACACUAAUGCACACGGUUGUUAACCGUCAUACGCUAUUGUUUAGCCGCAACUGGAUUCAUUAGCUUGUUACUAUUUGUCCUUCACACAGUCGCUGGAAACUAAAAUGUCGUUAAAUCCAUCUGCAGGCGAUUUAAUUUUGAUUGAUUGAUGAUUUUACGACACAGUCCGGGUGUGCGCUGGUCCUCAUGGGAAACUCAGUCCUCUUUAAGGCAAAACAAUAGGGCUUUUGUCCACCGGCGUCGCUAAAAUUGACCAAAACUGAAAAAUUACAUAGUGUUGCUUUAAAUGAAUAAUAUGACAAAUGAUUAAUUAACCCAAAAAAAAUAACACAAGGUGUACAAAAAUGACAAAAAAACAAAACAAAACAGUGGGACCUGGACCUCUUUAGCCCUGGGCAUCUCAAAAAGUUACGUUACUCCUAUUUUUGAGGGAAUCCUCGAUGCAACCUAGACUCAUAUUCCCAGCACCAACUUCAAAUAAAUGAAGUUUGAGACCCCUGUUGUAAGCUAACAUCACGUUGAAACGGCCUCGCCUGGACUUUUGUACAUUUUCAUACGACCUGAUAUAAUGUGACGUACAGCUGCUAACGGACAGAUUGACGGACGGUCAACGGUGUGUUCAACGGAGACAAUCUGCCGCCGAUCGAGCGAUUCAUGAGCCACGUGGACGAGCAAUAUCGGCGUCAUUCAUUCCGAUGCAAUCUAUAUUGACAAAAAAAACAAACAAACAAAGCAAAGUUUGGGUAUAUGCAAUUUCUUAUGGAUUCAAUUAUCAUUGAUCAGCGAUUGAUGUUUUUACUGGUUUUGUAUCCACUUUUAUGACAACGGCCACGCCUUCUUUUCUUUCUUUUGAUGGGUGGGUGUUGAUGGCGGGUGGGCGGGACUUACAGGGUCACACACACACACACACACACAGACACACCUCAUUUGUACAUUUGCACUCGUCGUCCACUCAGCAGGCUUGUUCCUUACGUGCAUGCACUUUAUUGGGGCUCGUCGGAAAGCAAAAAAAUCGAUAAAUAAAUACGAAAAAGUGUACAGCGCUGACUGGGAAUUAGGAUGACCGUGGGGGAAAAAACACUCAUCACACAAAAUGAUUCAUUUAUUAUCUGUGAUGCCUUGACAUACGUGUUUUUCGAGACGAGUCGUAGUACAGCUAAUUUGGUUGCUUUGAUUUGUGAGCAAAAAGCAGCCGUGAUGAGUCAAUCCAACUUCAUCGAAAGACGAAUUUGUUUUUUUUAAAAAAAGAAAUGUCCAAACCAGAGGCGGGUAGAAAAUUUGACUCGCGUAAGAGUAGCGUUACUUCAAAAUAAUACGACUCAAGUAUAAGCAUUUGUCGAAAAGAAUACUCAAGUCAUGAGUAACUGCUUCCGAUAUCUGAUUCAACAAUGGUAUAUAUUUUUUUCUCAGCACAGCCUCAUCGGUAUCUACUGUUAUUAUUGUACUGUACUAUAACCAAUUACAUGACCAUAUAAGGCCCAAAACAAUACAAAAAAAAAAAAAAAAAAAGAUUGAAUUCUGACUAGACAUAAACCUGCCCAAAGAGCAUGAGUUCCCUCUGGUGGGCAAAAACAUUACCUACCGCGAAAUGAAAACGAUGAUAUCUCCGGUUUUCCAUGAUCCGUCGGUGCCCAGUGCGUCGGUUUGGUCUCAAUAUUGGUAGGGCCGAUAUAACAGCAUGUACACUUUUUGCUAGGGACGUGACAUUAAGACCAAACAGAUUGGGUGAACGCGUGCUACAUUUCUCACGAAUAUGUACCUAAUGAAUUGAUGGCUAAAUGGAUAAUGCAAAAUAAAUCUGUAUUGACUUACUGUAUCCUAACUUUCGCACUGCAAAUUUAUAACAUCUUAAUCGGUUAUUUUCCCUUAAAUCUAGUCGAAUUUUGCUACUUUGUUAUUGUUAAACCAAACAUCUAAAACUUGGUCAUUUUUCACCUAUAUUUUUCACCUAAAUCAAUUAAAAAAAAAUGCUUUCAAAUAAUAUUUUGAACAAUAUCUAUUCUCGAAUUCAGAACAUUUCUGACAAAAAAGUUGUUGUUUUUUUUUGAUUAAAUACACAAAUUUAUUGCUUAAAAUAAGUAUGUUAAGCUUAUUUUCAGCCAGCUGUUUUUCUUAUUUCAAGAAAUAGGUAAGUGUAUAAAUUUUACUUGAAGCAGUGGCAGAUCAUUUCCCUUAUUUCUACUACAGUGGUUCUUAACCUGGGUUCGAUUGAACCCCAGGGGUUCGGUGAGUCGGUCUAAGGCAGUGGUCUCAAACCGGUCCUCAAAGGGCCGCAGGGGGUACUGGAUUUCAUUCCAACCAAACGAGACAAAUACCUUUUCACCAAUCUGGUUUCUUACAAGUGUAAUCAGUUGAUUGCAAUCAGGUGCUGCUUAUGUUAGUAGAAACCUCAUUGGUUGAACUGUUUGUGCUGGAUCUGUUGGAACAAAAACCAGGACCCACUGCGGCCCUUUGUGGAGUCUGUUUGAGACCGCUGGUCUAAGGCAAGGGUGGGCAAACUAUUCCACAAAGUGGGUGCGGGUUUCAGUUCCAACUCAUCAAGAGGAAACCUUUUUACCAAUCUGGUGUCUUGCAAGCGCAAUCAGUUGAUUGCAGUCAGGCGCUUCUUGUUUCAGCUGACACCUCAUUGGUUAAACGGUGUCCUCGCUGGAUCAGUUGGAGCAAAGACCUGGGCCCACGACAGCCCUUGAGGACCAGUUUGCCCACCACUGGUCUAAGGGGUUUGGCGAAGGUAAAGAAACGCAGAACCCUAUUCCCGUACGCUGAUUAAAUUUAGGCCAUUUAGGUUUGCUCCCAAUUUACAGGCUUAAUUCAUUUCUUUUAACUGUUAGUCCUCAAUCAGAUGGGAGGAGGUACUGGUUUGCUCAGUGGAAGGUCGACUCGCACUUGGUUUGAGGGAAUUAAACAGACCAAUGGGCAGCAUGGUCUCAUAUUUUGAGCUGUUUAUAAAACAUGCUUAUAAAAUAAGAAUUUUGAAUGGGAUUUUGCUCAAUAAUUAGCUUGCCAGCUUAAAUAUAUGGGUUUUGAAUUUGAAAAAAAAAAAAAGCUUUAUUAUCUAAUUCUGAAGGGUUCGGUGAAACCACAUGUGAAACAAUUGGGGUUCGGUAUCUUUUGCAAGAUUAAGAACCACUGUUCUAGUAGAUUUACACCGGAAACAAGUUUUAAGGAGGUGGCUUUUUGCAGUGCAUAGCUAUUGGUUCAGGUGAUACACCGUGCGAUUCAAACCUUUUUUUUUUUGUUAAAAACUACUAAAGAAACAUUGUUGAAAACUUCCAAAAUAAAUGUCUGGAUUUUAUUAGCAAAUUUAAAUAGCAAUAUUUGAACACAUAUUAAGAUAAACAAGAAAUACAAACAUGUUAUUCUCAUCUCAACUAUCUAAGAAUGCAGAAAAAUACAAAUUUGUCUUAAUUAGGGCGGCAGCUAUCGAAUAUUCAGUAUAAUAUUCAAGUAUUCUACUGAAAAUUCCAUCAAUUAAUCAAGUAAUCAGAUAAAACUUUUCUUUUUUUUUUUUAGGUAAAAAGCAAUUAUAAAUAUACAUGUGAAAACAAGACAAUUCUCCUAAUAUUGAACCAUUUUUAGAGUGUCUUUACUUUAGAUGUACAUUGUUGAAAACAGUCAACAAUUGCAUCUCCCAUGUGACUAGAAAAACAAAAUCACUGCUUUCACUCAAAAAACUUAAGAUAUUAAAAUGAAAAAUCUUAUUUCUUUCCUAAAAAUGUCAUUACGCAUGAUAACACACAUCACUUUCACAUCACUUAAAAGUGAUGUGUUUUUCCCAUGUGUUUACAUUGAAUUUCCAUUCGUGUUAAGCUAUUUUUAAGUUCUAGUUAAGUUUUAAAGUUGGUCUAAAUUGUAAGUCCUGAUACGAUUUUGAGUUUACCGGCUGGAUUGGAGCACAUUAGGCACCAGCGCUACUUGGUGUUUUAUCCAGCAAUGACUACCGAGCUAAAAUUGAGAGUUAGCUUUAUUAUGUUUUUAUCUGACACCCUCAUCACUCUACAACGCUGUGUUUUUACAGAUUAAAUAAAGCCUGUAUGGAAGACACGUUAGCCACGUAUCGACAAUAGUCAUAAUCAAUAGAAACCUAGCCCUCCGAAGGGCUAACGUUACGUUAGCAAGGUACAGUAACGUUAAUCUUAUUUACUACCGCUGAGAAGUCUACUGCUUUAAGAUGGCGGCUGUUUACUAAUGCCAGCGAGUCUGUCAUUUCACAUCAAGUUCUAUAUACGUCUAUGAGAAUCAUCAGACAAGUCAAGUCAUCAGCCAAUCAAACAUGCCUUUGAGGGGAAAAAAAUGGAGUGGCACAUUCAGCAAGUGAAAAGGGGUCAAUGUAAGUCCGUACGGGAAGACAAUCUAAAUUACCAAUAUAACUGAAGUCAUUAUAUAAUGCAAAUAAGGUUGCUUAAAAGUUGCUAGGGACAAUUUCAGCAUCCUGAAAAAUCGCUUCCUACCGUCCCUAUGCAAACCUACGCCCUUGGUCGGUGCCAAAUAAAAACUAAAAGCUAUGCUUCUGCAACCUCGUGUGUGGUUAUGUGACUGUAUUGUCGCGCCCGGUUGGUAUCGUGGAUUAUUGUUGCGACGUCUCAUUGGUGAAACUGGUGGAGCCACUGUGCCGGCAAAAAUGAACCUAAUAUGUAGAGUAAAGAUGCAAGGACUAUAGUGUAGGCCAAAGUAGCGGAGUCACAAAUCUACUCAAGUCAAAAGUAUGGCGUGCUAAAAGAAGAUUUUUUUUUUACUGUUACAUUUACUCGAGUAACGCGUUACUACCCACCUCUGGUCAAAACAAAAUAAAAGCCAACCAUAAUGGAAAAUACCAAAAAUAUUUGAAUAACUCCUCUCGGCUCAUCGGUAUGGCAUUAGUGAUUGCGGUUUCACGCAGAGGAUAAAGAAUAUGUGACUGCCAGUACCGUUUCAGAAUCGGUGUGCACGCUUUAACACAACGCGGCCUGAAUCCGUCGCUGAAAGUGUUCGAGUGAAUCGCGUGCUUUUUAUUCUUUGGCUGAAAAUUUCCAGUAAGAUGACAGCUUUCAUCUGGAUCAAGUCGUGUCACAGCAUUUCAAUUGAAAGUGAACUGAAACCAGACGGCUAAUGUACUUUUUCGUUACAAACGGCACCUCGUUGUUGAUAUUUGCCUGUAUUUUGCAUUUCAGAGACUUUUGUUGGAAUGAUUUGAAAAGAUUCAUCUUGUUUCUUUGGUGGUCUUUGAAUAUUGAGAACUAGCGUUGCACCGAUACGUUGCUAAAAUGACAUGAUCGUCCGUUUCGGGUAGUACUAUAAAAAAAAAAAAAAGUACUUUUGGGGAUUUAGUUUCAAACUACCCGAGAUGGCCGACAGCUAAUGAAAGUUCAUUCGCUGUUGGGCCUUCACGCUUCAAAUGGGGCGGAUGUCUAGGGCUGUCAUUGGCAGCCGCUCAAUUUAGCAUUGUGUGACCAUGUCAUGACCGCAGUCAUUUACUGUUAAAAUGGGGGGGUGAUAUCUGUACAGAAUGGACAUGGCCGAUACCACGCAGAAUCUGUAUUGGAAGCCCCCAAAACUGGUAUUGGUGCAACACUAACAAAAAGAUUGACUAAGCGGCAAACUGAAAAAUAAGUUUUCCCCCCCUUCAUAUCGGGAACUUUAUAACUCAAUAAAAAGCACAAUUUAAAGACUAAGUGGUGGAGAUGUGUACAAACCACGAAUACACCUCAUAUGAAUAUUUGUCUAAAUUUGAUUUUUUAUUUAUUUAUUUUUUUUCCUAUAGUUUUUCUGCUCUGUCACGAGUUGCUAUUUGCUUUUGAAUGGUGAAUUUCUGUUCUAUGUGAAUCAUGACAGUGUUUAGAAUCGCUCACUCUUCAGAAUAAAUCUUGUGUUGCAACUCG